AGCAGCUUCUCAGAACUGGGCUCCGGAAGAAGUUUGGGAGAACUGGGCUCGAAUUCCAUCACCCUCCCCGCAAAGAUCCCAGAGCUGUUCGGAGGGCGGCAGGGAAGGCGAGCCCAGCUCCGGCUUGGAGGAACUUGUGAAAAGGAAGGCUUCACCAAGACAGAGGCUUUCAAGAAUGAGUAGGAGUUCAUCUAGAAGGAAGAGGAAGGCAUCCCAUAGAAUGUGGGACUGCAUGAGCCAAGGCACCGGAGCCUAGAAGUGGAGGAUACACCUUGGUGAUGUCCAGUCCUCUACUGUGACAAGGGCAUCAGGUGUAUAGACAGGCUGGAGCAGAAGUUGUUUUUUUGGUCAUGGAAUUGACCAAACUGUCCGACAUGACAAAACUCCACCAAGCUGUAGCUGCUGGGGACUACAAUUCAGUGAAAAAGAUUUUGAAGAAAAGUUUCUGUGGCCCAGACUACAAGGAAGUGGACUGGAACGACCGAACCCCACUUCCCUGGGCUGCGAUCAAGGUACGCGGGCCUCUCCCGCUGCAGAGCACAGGCUCCGGACGCGCAGGCUUAGCGGCCAUGGCCCACGGGCCCACCCGCUCCGCGGAACGUGGGAUCUUCGUAGAGGCUGAGCCCCAGCGCCGGGACCACCGCCAGGCCACCAAGCAGAAGGGGCUGCAGCUUGAUCAGCGGGAUGAAGACUGGGAUGCCAAGAAGAGGGAGUUGGAGCUGUCUCUUCCUUCCUCAAAGCAAAACACUAAUAAGAAAAAGAAUAAGACUCGAGGCCCCACCAGGCUCAGCAAUACCAAGGACAGGAGAGUGUGAGAAGGCUGGCAUCCCAGGAACUGGAGCUGGGCUUUCUGGCAGGAGACUUUCCUUGGCACCAGACUAGGUGUUGUUUGGUGUGUGUUGUCCUGACAUGAUUUUACUCCUAGAUCAUUAAUUACUCACAUGGCUUCUACCGAUAGCUCCUGACUUGUUGUUCAGUCUGGAAGUCUGGCCUGGGGACUCUCUACAUGGGCUGUCUCCUCCUUGCCCAUACCUGCUGUCCCUAAGUACUACCAAGAGGGGACAAA